UCCACCGGGACGGAACCUAACAGUCUCGGCCCAUGAAAAAGCAGGAAAUCAGCAGCAGCUAUUCACUAAUUACAACGAUCACAGUAUCCAAAACACGCUAGGAUCCCAUGUCGUACUAUUAACAACAUGCCUAAGGGAUUUGAAAACCACGAAAGCUGAUUUGAUACACACGCAUACCGAGGUUGAAACUGUGAAAAAGGAGUUGAAAGAGUUGAAAGAUAAUUCCCAAUUUAACUCGACAUCAACUCAACUUUUGGCAAAUGUUAUGGCAACGGUUGAAUAUAUGAAACAAGAGAUGUCUGGUAUGGUCACCAAAACCGAUUUGGCGCAGACUACACAGCGCUUGGAAGAAACUCAUACAUCACGCGUUGAAAGUGUAAAGAACGAGUUAAAAGCUACGCAAGCCGAUGUGACACAAAAACACACUGCCGUAGAAAGAGUAAAAACUGAGUUGACACACGUUACGACUGCAUAUGAAAAUUUGAAAAUAGAGAUGAAUGCGAACGUUGUUUCUAGCGCUUCCACCAUCGGUCGAAUGCCCAAAUCUUGUGACGAUCUGCAGAAAAUUGGCCACGGAAAAGCGGAUUGUUCUCAGUCAUGGGGAACAAAACAGUCGACAACGUCUACUGCGAUUUCACGUAACCAACCAACAACACAGGUUUUCAAAAGGUGAUCGGCCACUUUGACGUUAAAACAACACCUGUUUAUUUUCACGCCCAAAAAUACUCCUUCCACGUCAGGAUUCAUACAAUGGUUCCAUUCGAUUUGCUGAGAUUGAACGUGGGGAAUGCGAUGAGCACUACCGGAAUAUUCGUCGCUCCCAAAACCGGAAAAUACUUUUUCGCUCUUUCGGGUCUAACUGAAGAACAUAAAGCUGCAAACGUCGAAAUGCAAGUGAAAACUGCAACAGCGGAUUGGUCAAGAGUGAGACAGGCGUAUGGUACGCCCGGAUAUCAAACAUAUUCAUUGCAAGCCACGUUAGAUCUUGCUAAAGGCGAUCAAAUAAGAUUACUGCUAGCAGCCGGAGCAAUUCAUGAUACCACGAUUCACUAUAUCAGUUUCGUUGGUCAGGUACUCGAGGAAGACAUCCUUCAUUAAGCUUAAACAAUCAAAGCCAGAAACACUUAAUUCUGAAAGGCAAAUCAGUUUCAGUGCAUUAUGCAUAUGGCGAAUGUUGUGUUAACUGGAUUU